GGGCUGUAUAUAGGACAGGCUUCCUUGGAAGCGUGUGAUCUGUAGGUGAGCGCGAUGAACACCUGUCAUCUCGCGCAUGGUUCUCUUUUCACUCUCACCUGCAUGCAGGAAACUACAACACUCAGCGUUACCUGCUUAUGUACAUUUUCACGAUAAGUCAUGCGUUACGUGGGAAAAAUGGGCACCUGCAUGUAUAUUAGCUAGGGAGACUAAAAUCAAUAACGAUAGCUGAUAACUGAUAUGGUCUAUGAAUAAAAUAACCUUAAUAAUUAUCCGGCAUCCACUUCGUCUGUGAUGAGAAUGACUUGAGUGCUAAAUGACGUGAAAGUCAAUUUGAUGGUAUUUACAUCAUGUGUCAUGCAACUGUCUGAAAUCUAAACCGCACUUACUCUUUUUUAUGUUAAUUAUUACUAAGGUUAAGGUAACAGUUUCAGUUCGCAUCGAGAUUUCCAUGGAGGAGAAAGGAUCGUAUUCGUUGCUUUACAAUUCACCAAAACGACGCAAGUAUGUCAUUGCGCUGAUUGUGCUCAGCCUUCUUGUUUUCUUUGGGAUCGGUAUACUGGCUGGUUACUUUAUUGGACGUGGAGCUGCCAAAGGUUGUGAUGAUGGCGACAAGAAUGACCGCUCCAAGCCAAAGGGCGAUACCCAGGAGCAGUUGGAAGAGUUCCACAAGAGAGCGGUCGACAUGAUUUCUACUGUGGAGCUGAGAAAAAACUUGAAGUAAGUAGUAAGAAACUACAUGCAGUAGCUGUGUACAAAACCUGAUUGCCAAGUCAGGGUCAACGAGUGAAUUCAUAUGACGUUUUUGCAGAGUGCAGUAGCAAUCAAUUAUUUAUGGCGGGGAAAGUUAGAACUUGUAAUUGAUACCGAAUUCGGUUCUACGAUUGCAAAACUUUUAUUUUGGGGGUAAAUGGUACAGGAUACCGUGAAUCUUAAAAUUUUUCUUUGCUCCGGAGGUCCUACGCGAACACACGGUUAGUAACAGGAUAUGGGUUUGACAUUCACCCCAUCUCCUUUAAACAGGGUGCACAAUUUCAGACGCAGACAUGUCUGCUCUGGAUGCAAAGUGAAUCUGUGAUCAUACUACGACUGUUGCCGUGAAAUAUCAUAUAUUGAUCCGGAUUCACCCGAAUUUAUAGAGCACUUAGCAAUCCAAAAUGCCGAAGAAUCAGAAAACGUUUUAACUCGGUGUGAAAUCAACUAACAACAACUGAUUAUUUUUUGGUCUCUCCCUGCAAAAAUUCACCCGAUCGCGGCUGUCUAUGCGAGACAGGAGAGGUUAGAAUUCAGGCUACUUUCUCUUACCAAGAGGGUAUUUCUCCAAGGCGGCAGUAAUACCCCCACAAGAAGUUCAAGUACACCCUCCUAAUCCUAAGCCCACGUUAUUUGUUGACAGAAAGUUCUUAGCAAAUGAAAAUAACAUUUUCACCUAGGUCAUGUAAAACCUAACAGGCACCUCCAGCUUUAAAAGCGACUUCAUCAAGCUAACUUUUGAGAACCUUGUAAAUAGUUGACAUCUCAUAAAGCGUAGAUGACUACAUGAUAAGCAUAGUCACACAGCGAGCAGCCACCCAAAGAAAGCCUUUCUUUUUUCAAUAUAUUUGCAUACGAUAGAUGAGCCGGCCUUUGGUAAACAACCUGGAGAUAUGUUAAACUGGUUCAUUUCUAGAAAUAAGAUGCAUUUAGAUCAUCUAAUGAUGAUGAAGACCCUGAAUUUUCAAUUUUUUUCGCCUUCUCCUCCCAGGUUAUUAAAACUCCUAUUUAUUCCAAAUUGCACGAGAAAAAUCAUGUGAUUACGUGCUAAUAAUGUACAUGAAAAAAUACGAGAUAGCUUAUCGUAAUUGAUGCAGAGGCAAAGCGCGCGAAUCAAGUGCAAGAAUAAUUUAUUCAACUCUGCAAGUAACUUUGUGUGUUCAGUCAAAACAACCGCAUACGAUCAAAACAAUAAUAUAUAAUGAAAUUUUCACAUCUUUAAGGCGCAAAAAAGUUCAAAGUCCGGGUAAACAGUUCAAGGAAUUGUUCAGUCUGUGUCCGAAUCACUUUCGAUGAAAUGGAAUCGUCGUUUCGAGGUUAAACCGUAUUUUUAAUUUCGGCGUAGAAUCGCUCGAGUAAAGUGUUAAGCUGGGUCGGCUCGAAAUUUUCGAUUUCCUUUCUCAAUUUUCCUUUCCUUUCGCAAUUCCUUUCUCUGAACACCACUUUUUCCAAAUCGACAACCCAAAAAGCAGUGCUUUUUACAGUGUUUUCGUUGUUAGAACUGUUUUUCAGCCGCUGUAUUGUUGUUACGGUGGCCAAAGGAAACCUACUUAAUACGCCGGCCAUUGUUUCGCUCGCAAAUUUUCAGCGUAUCCAAAUGUUGUGACAUCCAAGGCUCGCACUUGAUUGGCUAUCUGUGAGUUUCUUUGAUUAUUGACCAAUCAGAAUGUCUGGUUUGUUACUUCUUUGCGCUGAAUUAACUCUCUUCUGCACUACCUGAAAACUGCAUUUAUCUUAGCCAAUCAGAACUGAGUAAUUUUCUCAUGUACAUUAUUAAUUGCAAAAUAGUUUCGAUUUUAUGUCCUUUUUUCCAUAAAACGAACGUUCACACAUACUCUACGCUUACUGGAAUGUUCAUGACGGCGACAUCAGUUGUAACCCGUUCGACCAUCCGUUUAAUAUUUUAGAGCAAGUAAUUUGUGCGCAGACAAACAUGAACUUAAACGAGUUAAAAAGAAUUUUAAACCAAACCGACGCCUAAAUUUUGUUUUGUGUAUUUGUUUGUUUGUUUGUUUUUUUUCUUAACCAAACAUCCUUUGAAAGGACUUUCACUAUCUUUUUGCAUAACGUCUGUAUUAAUGCACGUCUUCUUGGAUUGUUUCAUUGUAAAAUCUGCUGAUCCAGAUAAAGCAUUAUACAUCGAUGUCAAUUUUCUAGUGAUCCUAUUAAACGACACUAAAACCUGAGUUAAGAUGUUUUACUGGCGUGAGGUAUGAUGGAUAUCACUUGUAUUUAAUCAAGUUCAUGAACGUAGUUCCAAACACUUGCUUGAAUUGCAGGAAGUUUACCAAAGUGCCACACUUUCCUGGGGACCCAGAGAACUUUGAACUGGCGAAGGACAUGGCAGAGAAAUGGAGGGCAUAUGGCAUCGAUGUUAUAUGGAAGAAUUACUCCAUUAUGUUGUCUCGGCCAAAGGAUAUGAAGGCAGGAGCAGCUGCGCUGUACAAUGGAUCUAUUCUGAUCCACAAGUCAGCUCCUCAAGAAAGAUUCCUUGUUCCCUCAGAGAACAACAGCAAAGUGGUCCCGCCUUUCAACGCCUAUGCACCAUCAGGAUCCGCAAAAGUGAGUGUCGAUUCACAGUUUAAAUGCUUGCUUGACUGGUUUGCUCAGCUUAAGCGUGAAAACCGAAAUCCCACGUCAAUAGCAUUGGAGCAAUUUUCAUAUGAGUUUUGGAAGUAAUCCAGAAAACUUUGAUUUUUUUUCCUUUGCAUUGUGACUGCUCUAAAAACUGACGCUAGCCAAUUACUCUCAACCCGAUAAUUCGCGUGUUCCCAAGCUUCAGGUAGUUUGCAUAUUUGUAUUUAAACCUUUAAAAUCCCAAAAGUGAUUCAAAGUGAAACUUCUCUCUGCAAUAUCCAUACAUUUUCUAGCAUACAGGUGAUAAGAAUACUCAAACCUUUCAGUUAAAAGUUGUUCGUCUUGAUCGAACUUUAAAUUCUCCUAUUUAACUUGCAAGGAAAUGUGUAGCAGCCAGAGGGGAGAAAACAAUAACAAUCAUAACUUGGGAGUUUCAGGGUUACAUUCUCAUGACCUUCUCGUGACAUUCUACGUUUUUGCUGAGAUUAGUCGUUGUGAUGACUUUGGUUUUAAUGUUAUGACAUAGAUAAAAAUGACCCAACAACUGGUAUGGCAUUUUUAACGAAGCUUUUCAAAGUAUCAAUGAUAAAACAUAUGAUUAUGUAAAAGGGCUUUUCCCUACCAUUAUAUCCAGUGGGUGCAUUCAGAUAGAUGCAUUAAAGUGCGAAAACCAGCUUCCCUAAUUUCUGAAAAAGCAACACCUCAGAGUUUCCGUGGCGGAUUGAGUAUUCAUGGAUGUCACAGACUAACGCUAGUAUCCACUAAAUUGAAAAGUUAAUUUGAAAUACGAUUGACAACCACCACACAAGCUUAAUUUUAAGUUAUAUUUUUCAUGAUGAUAUUCAUCACCGCACUUCCUUUGCUCUGAAUCUCCAGGGGAAACUCGUGUAUGCUAAUUAUGGGCGAGACGAAGACUUUGAGAAACUCAAAGAACUUGGAGUUAACUGCAGUGGUAAAAUCGUCAUUAUGCGAUAUGGAAAGGUUGGACGUUCAACUAAGGUUAGCUCUUGUUUGUUGUGGGAGAAGUUGACUGAUUCACUCUCUGGAGUGGCCAUGAAGCAAUUUCUCCUUACCCUAUCGAAAGCUUUUCAAGCAGUGAGGUGAUAUGAAGAAGGAAAAAUAUAAUGUAUAGGAUAUCGUUUGAUUUGAUACCACACUCUGAAGGUUAAAAUGAUACGAAAUGUAUGGAAAGCAAUGAAGAAAAUUGCAUUCAUUUGUUGAGGGUGAAAAGGUGAAUCCAGCUAUUGUUGUCUUUUAAAUGAAUGACCCAGGAAACGGAUGGCAUGAAGUUGGCCACGCGUUCUGAGUGUUGUAAUAAAUGCUGGAAGAUGUGAUAAUCAUUUUUUUCAUGGAUAAGAUUGGACUGUACCUUGAAGCGAAAUGUAAUUAGCCCAUAGAAAAAGUAUCGUUUGGGUAAAGAUUGUCUACAAUUUGAAAUCAUUUUGUUGUGGUGCGAGAAGCUCCGGAGAAUGUUGCUAAAAUUCAGUUUUUUAACAUAGCGUAUCAGCAGGUUUCUGGCUUCUCUCUUGGUCUACCCCUCAGUUUAUCCCCUCUCCCCUCUCGGAUCCUGUAUGAGGUUCUCCUCGGAUGAAGAAUAGUAGAGAUACAGCUAGAAGUAAGUAACUUGUCAACUCUAAAUCACAGACUGCUUUCCUUUAGCCCAAACGUGCUCACAAGGAAGGAGCUAUCGGAGUGAUAUUAUACAUGGAUCCUGAGGAUUAUGCAAAGAAAGGUGUUGAUAAGGUGUACCCAAAGUACAAUUGGCUGCCUAAUUCUGCAGUUCAACGAGGAAACAUCAAAUCAACUCCAAUAAGAGGCGAUCCACAGACGCCGGGCUACCCUUCAGUCAGUAAGUAGGAUAUCUAAGCCGGUUAACGUGCAAGACGUUUAGAUGCCUUAAAGAGGAGAGAAUCUUCUCUCUUCAUGGUCGUGGUCAAGGUCUUCAGGUCGUAGCUAAGCUCUGUAAUAGGAAGAGACUAUCAAAUAAAAGAGCAAGCGAAAAAUGGUGGUCAGGUGGACCAUGGUAACCGUUGGUUUUCGCUCGCCGGUUUUUUUUCUUUCUGUCGUUCAGUGUCCCCAUAGCUCAGACUGAGAGCUUGGAAAAGGCUUGGAGGGUCAUUAUACUUUUUUCGCUUCUGAUCUCCUGUUUGCUUGGGAAAUACUUCAAGUUAAUUAAUCUGUGUUUCAAUACGGAUUAGUUAUGUAGAAGGAGGUAAACCCAUCGUAACAUCUCUGAUUUUAAGCCACUAGUGAAGACACCGCUAAGCGACAUAGGAGCAUGCACACCACUCAUCAGAGAGACAAGGUCAUACACUAUAAAUACGUUUGUACAGAACUGAAAUUUUUACAUUGCUAUACUUUUUUCUGAUUCUAGAGGGUAUGUAUCGCCUGCCAAAGGAGGAGGCUGAGAAACUCCUCCCUCAGAUUCCUGUUCAUCCCAUUUCUUAUGAAGAUGCUGAGCCCCUGCUCAGGUGAGUGAGCACGUAAGUUCUGCAAUCCUAGAGCACAACGAUGUAUUAUUAAUUCUCAAUGACAUUUUCAUCGAUCUUAAUUCUGAAUUGUGAAAAAAGAAACCUCUCCAAAUGUCCAUAAUGGCGUAGUAAGUUGUGGAAAGAAUCCCUGUUUUGCUUGUCAAGCAACAGCCUCUUUAGCCAGUUACCUUCCAUUAAUGACUUUAUUUACAGCUGUAUUGUCAGUAGGUUCAAGUUUUUAUUUUGUGAAAUAUUUCCUCUACUUUUUCUUUAUGAAAGUAACGUGCGGCAUGUUUUUUGUCUAUUUAGGAUUCUCACACGCGAUGUGGUCUUACCCAAUUCUUCCUUCCAAGGUGGUUUGAACUUUCCGUAUGGAAUACAGAUGGCGGAAGAUGAUCCGAGGUGAAGAAUAGAUUUUGAAAAGUACAGAGAAUGAUAUCGAAACGGGCUUGGGUAUGAAAUUCUUAGAGAGAGUGAGAGACAAAAUCGGGUGAAAUAUUUUGGGAUAACAUAGCAAAUACCAUUGAGUGUUCGUAGGACCUUUAUAUUUGGACGUUAUCGGUGUUAUUCUGUGGCCACAGGAAUAGCGUCAACAGAAGAUUCAUAGAUUCCCCUGUAAAUUAAAAAUUUGCUUUGAUAAAUGUUUUAUUAUUUGUCGGUGCGACGCAAAGAAUUAUUCUCCAAACCAAGAGAUUGCUAUCUCUUUUAUAAAUUUGAUCUUUCUUCAAUUUUUGACCGAAUGCGAAAUUUCAUUUCCUGGUGAUGAACCGCGUCACCUAAAUACUGUAUUGGAAACUAAGGUUGCAAAUAGGAGGAAAGUUGGAGUUUAUUUGACAUUCAACACGUGAUGGUGGAGGAGGAUAAGCUAUGGCCACCUGUAAUGCCAGAAGGCGAUAAAGGUGUUGUCUGUUUUGAAUUAAACUUCUGCUAAGGCUAAGGAGGACUGAAAAACUCCUUCAGAGUGGGUUGAAUUUUCUGACAAUCCUUUGGGGCUCCGGUGGCUUUUGUGUUAAUUCGUUUUGUGUUUCCUCAUUCUCCCAGGGAGAUCGAGGUGAAUUGUACCAAUGAACUAUAUGUAACAGAUGUUUACAACUUGAUGGGAGUAAUUCAAGGAUCCACUCACCCUGGUAUGUGUCUGAGCUACUUAAGUGAGUCAUAAUCAAUUGACAAAACAGUUAAUGCACAUCCUUAGCCUUGGAACUUUGUUUUAAAAAUUUUACCAGCAGGAAAUUAAAAGAAAACUGUGCAGUGCAAGGUGCCCGUAUGUUCAUUUUUUAUGUAAUGACUGAGAUACUACCAGCGCCCUGAUUGGUAAAAAAAGCUAUCGUUCAUUGAACCAGUAAACCCACAGGCAUUUCAUUAAAGCAACUGAUCGCACAUUCUAUCAGUUUACCGGCGUAAUGAUGGAGAACACGAGAAAGGUGCGCCUGCGAUAAUGAGCCGGCGUCACUGAAGUGAGGUGAUAUUGUUUAGUCACAUUUUUGAUGACACUAGAGAGUUCGGUUUUUGGAGAUUAAUGAAAGAACCCCUUCUGCUUUAGACGAAUUACAAGAGGUGGUGAGGUGGUCUGCUGCAGAAAUGUUUAAGUUUCACUUUCAAAGUACUUCUAGGUUAUGAUUUACGUUUCAAACUUUUCGCAGAUGAAUUGGUGUUACUGGGUAACCACCGAGAUGCUUGGGUAUUUGGUGCUGCAGAUGCAUCUAGUGGCACUGCCGCUUUGAUGGAGUUGUCCAGAGCUCUUGGAGCACAGCUCAAGGAAGGUACAGUGACUAUGUUUUAACUGUAAAACAAGUUCCGUUGAUAUGAUCGAUUUAUCGCAAUGUGUCUUUGAUUGGUUAAUUCGUGAACUUCAAAAUUGAUGGGAUUUUUUUUAUCAUUUUAGGAUGGAAACCAAAGCGCACUAUAGUGUUGUUAAGCUGGGGAGCUGAGGAACCGAAGUAUAUGGGAUCUGUUGAGUGGCUGGAGGUACGUUGAUAUAUCCACCGGUAGACGGUUUAGAAAUAUGGAGUGCUCCUAGCCCAUAGAGGCCAUAGUACAAAUCCCGGGAAAUGCGAGCCAUCAAGUUGAUAUUGAGUGGGUCUAAACUCUAAACUGAGGGUGGUAUAAACCAAAAGCGUAGUAAUGACAGCGGUCAGUCGAACAGAGUAUCACAAGGAGACAAUGAUAACUCAAAAUAAACACUGACCCCAAGCGCGAAACAGUUCAGCCAAUCAGAUCUUCGAGAGAGUGCCCUCAAUUUUUAGACCAGUCACAUGGCGAAGGAGUGAAAACGUAACGUAAUCAAGGGUCAUUUCGAUACCAAACAACUUUUCUAUAACUUUCGGAUUAUUCAGAGGAGGCUUCUAAAAUUCAUUCGGCUUAAAAAAUAAUUUACCUCCUGUGGGUUCCUUUUUCAAUUAACCUUGCCCUUUAACUCCCAAGAUCUCAUUAGUAAUUCUCCUUACUGUCUACCAUACAGUUCUUGUGAAGUUAGUUUGGAGAAUUUGGUAUUAGAUCAACUAAUAAUCCCCUAAUUGAUAUUUUUCUUUAUUCUCAUCACUUGUCUGACUUAUAUUGUCUUGAUAUUGUAAGGAGAAAUUCUGUCUUGGUCAUUCAUGGGAUUUAAAGGGUUAAAGAAAGGGAAGCACGUUGCUGUGGUUUAACAAAACUCUCAAAAAGUAACCAGUCGCGUGAAAAAAAUUAUAUUUUUGUUUUGUUAAAGGAGCAUUCGAGGUUAUUGUCUGCCCGAGCCGUGGCGUAUCUCAAUGUGGACAUGUCAGUUGACGGUAAGACCAUAUAGGGAUAAUCAAUAUAAAAUCAAUAUAACUUCAAUACAAAUGAUUUAACUUGUGAUUUAAUAUAUCCAAAUUGGUGGUCGUUUAGUGUCUUUUGGUUGAUGACUAUCUCUAUAUCUCUUAAGGGAACUAUUCUUUCCGAGCAAAGUCCGCGCCUCUCAUGGACUGGGUUCUGGCUAGAGGAGCAAUGAAGGUUAGCGCCAAACAUAAAUAAAUUUAGCUGCUCAAACCAUGCUCGUCGUAAAUCGCACUAGGAACGAAAUUGGAACAAAGAAAGACUAGCCGGGUAUACUGUUUUGAUGUCAUUUUGGUAUCUAACUAUUCUAUGAUACGGGAUAAGAGCAUAAGUGUUAAGCAGAAGUGGGAUGAGGGACCUGAAUGUUAUGUCGACUUCCAGUUGUUCAUGUUACUUUACUUGCCAAGAGUGCAGAAGGCAUCAGGCAGACGUGAAGGUUUAGUCUGUUGCUCACAAUUCAAUUUACAUCGUAGUUCUAAUUUAAAAUUCUUCAAAACCUUUCCGGGGUGUAUAUUAUAGAAAAGGUAACACAUCGGAUAGGUUACCGAGCUAAACGACCGCUCUCACUUCUUCAGGUACCAAGCCCCUUAGGAAACGAAACGGCUUUUGAUGAAUGGAUCAGGAAAAUUCCAAACACGUUGGGGCUAAAUUAUUUGCCAAGGUACGUCAUCACUCGAUAAUUUAGUUAAUUUUUCUUGUACAUUUCGUAAGAAGGAAAUACAGACGGAAAAGUGAACAACCAAAAAAAAACAACAACAUUGUUGUAAAUAUGUCCAAGUAAUCUGAGCACUCUAGAUAGUUACCUAUUAUUUGUUAAUACUUACUUAUUAUUCUUUUCAUUAAUUUUUUUUAGACUUCAGCAACCAAGAGCAGGCAGUGAUUAUGUCAACUUUAUCCAAAGGCUUGGAAUUCCCAUUGUGGAUAUUCGUUACACAUACAACAGCGUAAGUAGUAAGUCGUUUGUUUGAAAAGGACGGCAAGUUUCGCUGAUGUGAUUUAUCGGCCUUGUGCUUGAGAGUGCUGAUAAGGCUCAUAUCAAUUGAACGCUUGACCUCUAUUGUGCCCUAAAUUCAUUUUUGAAUGAGGCAAAUGGUAUGGUAACUCAUGCCAUUCGUAACGCUUUUUCUAUGACUCAGAUUCAUUCGCCGCACCUCUCAGGUGAGGGGGAAGUGACAAGGUAACAUAGCUAGCUGUAUUUGAAAUACCUGCGGUACCUUUACCGUGCUAAAAUCAAGCAUUAGACCACACUUAUCAGUUUACCGGCGUAAAAACCCACUAGGGAUUUUAGAAGAACACGAGAAAAUAUUAUAAAUCACGAGCCAGAAAACCGGCCACAAUCUAAUACGUUGAUGAAAUAAACUUCAAUUUUCUAUGGGGUCUACCGGUGCAACUAACGAUAGGUUCUUGACCAAUGAGGAUGUUCAUUACUUAUCAGUUAUUUUAUAAUGUACCAGAAGAAUAUCAGUUGUACUUUAUACGGGUUUUGUAACAGGCCUUAGAAUCUUCUUGACUUAUAUUGAGAGCAACUGUUGAUCUAACAUACCCGUAGCUAUGUUUUUUUACUUACAUAGCUAUCAUCGUUUUUCUUCUUACAGAAAACUAGCAGCAAUCCUUUAUACCACACAGUUCACGAUAAUUUUUGGUGGAUGUCAACUUUGAUUGACCCCGAGUUUAAAUACCAUCAAGUGACUACAAGGGUUUGGACUGAGAUUACUAUGGUGCUGGCUGACUCUGUGAUACUUCCAUUUAACGUGACUCAUUAUGGCGUUAAUAUGAAAAUUUACAAUACACAAAUAAAGAAGAAGUUUGAGGAAGACUUUAAAAAGUACAAUGCAAGAGAAGAUCUGAGUAAGUUACCGUUUUCAUUAAUAAUAACGUCGACGCAAGGUUAGAGAAAAAACAUGAUCGUGUUUUCUAAGUUCCCUCCAGUUUGUUAUUUUGCAGAAUCAGCUCAUUGUAUGCAUUCUUCAAAAAAGAUGUGCGCUGUUUUUUGAAGCAAUUCUUCUUUGAAAGGAUUUUGGCAUUCUCCGGACGUGCAGAAAAGAUAGCUCUUUGCAAGACUCUUUAAGCCGGCUGUCCUGAUGAUUCAGAAGAAAACGGAAAUUCGAUAGUGACAUCGAUGGGAAGAUAGAGAUGAUCAUCAUUUUAGAGAUGGUUGGAAAGAUUAGACUUCCAACGAUGUAUUUUAUUUUAUUUUUUUGUAUAUUGUGGUAUUAUGAAUGCUCGGCUGACUGAUAUAACCAAUAUGAGUAAUGCGUAUACUCAUUAUUGGCAGAGUAUCUUGACGAAGCUGUGGAAAACUUUCUGAGUGCUUCCCGAGAAUUUGACGACUUUGUGAAAGGAGCAGACAAAGAAAAGUGAGAAAGCCUUUAUUUUAACCCCUAUGCUUGAGUACCAUUGGAACAUUUUCUUGCACUAUUUCGUUAGACUUAUUUACCGUGGAACACAUCUUAAAUUUGCGUUGGGAAAGAGAUACCUUGCAUAUAGGAGAUAAUCAGUGUCGUUCACGAGAAUAUGUUGCGACAUGCUUCUCUGAGUUACCGUCUACAAGUUCAUUAAUUUGUCUUUUUUUCGUUGCUUUUUUUCAGCGUUGCAGUCGUGCGAAAAAUCAACACACGCUUGCUUAAUGUUGAACGGGCAUUCAUAAAUCUUGAGGGAAUUCUGCAGGCCAACCCAUUGCAGAGGUAAGUAAGAUUGUUUUAUUUAUUUUCCCCAACAUGUGUGAUAGCAUUAUUCAUAUCGUUAAGCAUUUCCAUAUAUUUUUUCUCUCUCUCUCAAAGUGGAUAUCACAAUUUAUUUAAAAGUUCUUUGAUUUUCCCUCUUCCCUGAGCAAAACCAAACAGUACCAACAGACUUACCAUUUAGCGUGAAUGCUUUCUGGUUUCUUACGUGAAGCUAAUGAAUUUUCUACGUUUUUCAGACACGUCGUUUUGGUUCACAGCCCAACCAUUUACUACAGUUGGUAUGGUGGCGUGGUGGACGCCAUUUAUCGUGCUCGAAAAGGAUUAGUUACCAAGGAAGAAGUCAAGAAGCAAAUAUCAAUUGUUGCAUAUGGCAUAAACUCAGCUGCACAGAUACUCAAGCUCUCGCCGAUUGAGUGA